AAGCAAGCCCCUUCCAACGCCUAUCGCAGGCAUUCACGUCCAUAAUCCCCACAAGCCCCGCCGGGCAAGCCUCCACCCUAUUUCGUUUCUUUCCAACUUCCAGUCAGGACAACACGACCCUACCAAAAUUCAGAAACCCAAAAACAUCGAAUAACAUUCCAUCCUUUCAUCAUCUCACAUAACGAACAGAAUGACCGACGAAGCUACACCUCAGCCGCCACCGCAGUCCCAGCAGAACGGCGCGAAGGCGGACGACAAGAAACCUGCGUCCAACGCCGGGCAGAAAGGGAACAACAACAACAACAGGAACGGGCAGAGGCGAACCAACUCAAAACCCAGGACAGCGUCAGCGUCGGGUGGCCAAGCGGGACAAGCUGGCCCCCGGCCGUCAUCGAGCGCCAGUAACAAGAAGCCGUCAUCCAAUCCUCCCACGGGUGCAGCUGAUUCGGGCUCAGAUACCGCGAAGAAAGUGCCUGAGGGGAAGAAGUCUGACCAGCGUGGUAAGAACCAGGGAGGCGGUGGAGGACGAAACUCUGGCCAUCGGAAGUCCCAGCAGUCCACUUCUCAAGGCGGGAAGCAAGGCGGGAACAACAGCAACAAGGGUCAGAGCGUCCAGAGGACCGAUUCAUCCGAUACCUCGCCUCCCGUCACCGCUUCCAACUCGGAGGGCAGCGCCGCCUUAUCUUCGCUCCAGCGAGUUAUUGCGGAUCUGAAGACCGCGUCGCCGUCGUCGCAGCCGAACGUCAUGCCUCCCAUGCAAGCACCGCACACUACCUCCAACCUGCCGCCCAAUGCGCCCGUCUUCCAGCCGGGCGCUUCCGCAUAUCCUGGCCUGAACAAUGGCGGCGGCGAAGCUCCUCGUCACCGUAAGGCCGCCUCACUUGGUGCUGCUGGUCUUUCAGGCAACUUCAACUCGUACUCUCCUCAUCUCGGAGUCAUGAUGGAGGACGCUGAAGACGGUCAUGGCAAUCAAUCAUACGAGGAAGGGGAGAUUCCCGAGGGCAUGUAUUAUAAUCCUGGACAUCAGCCUCGAUCCCAGUCUCAGAGCUUCACUGCUCCGCGUUUCGCUGCCCUUGCACAGCAAAGUCAAGACCAGGGCAUGAACAGCGGCCGCCCUCAGCUUGCCCCUGGCUUCACAUUCGGAGGUAGGAAACGGGCGAGCUCUAAUACUCCUAUGGCGCCUUUGAGCGAGGAGGACCAAGGCUUCCGUUUCCCCCAGCAAGGCCAGCAGAGCUACUCCAUGGAGAGCGCUGGGCAAGGUCAAGAUGAGCCGAUUCGCAGAAGUGAGUCGGCUGGGGGAUUCAACGGAAUCAUGGCGGAACAGAUUGCGUUACAGAGCCAGAUUGAGGCUCUACAGCAGCAGCAACAGGCACUGUAUCAACAACAGCUGGCUCAGAACCAAGUCAUGUCAUUCCAGACCCCUGGUUUGGCGCCGAACAGAGGGGGCAGCCACCGUCGUGUUCAGAGUACUGUGCCCAUGAGCUCUGGCCUGAAUGGGUUCGGCGCUUUGGGUGGCCCCAUCUUACCGAACUUGGGUAACCUCGCGGGUCUUAAUAUGGGGCUCGAUGGACAAACCCAGGGAAUACCUAGAGGACAUGGUCGUCGGCAUAGUGUGAACGUGGUUAACAAGAGUAACAAUCAGUCCAUCUCUCUUGGCUAUGGCAGUCCUUUUGCUCCUCAGGACGGCUUCGACGAUGGGUUUGCACCUCCUCCUGGCUUCGGUGGCCACUCUCGACAGGCCUCCCGGGCCGACUCCAGCUGGCGCAUCAACGGUGGUGUGGGUGGUGUACAGAAUAACGCCAACUUUGCCUCGGACCUUGCCAAUGCGCAGGCCCAACUACAGAGCCUGCAACAGUUCCGCGCAGCCGCCGGUGGCCAUCAUGCCAAGAUGCCUUCCUUCAGCUUCCCCAAUAUGCUGCCCAACAUUAUGGCUGCGAACAUGAUGGGCUUAACCCUGCCUGGCAUGAAUCUCCUUCAACAGCAGCAACAGCAAUUCCAGUCUCAGUUACAACAAUCUAAUCAACCUCAACGCAAGUCGUUGUUCGCUCCUUACCUGCCCCAGGCCUCUCUGCCCCCUCUUCUCGCCGCGGGGAAGCUUGUUGUCGGUAUCUUACGUGUGAACAAGCGUAAUCGUUCUGAUGCCUAUGUCUCUACGGAAGUCUUGGACGCCGAUAUCUACAUCUGUGGUUCCAAAGACCGUAAUCGUGCCCUGGAGGGUGACAUUGUUGCCGUCGAGCUGCUUGACGUCGACGAAGUAUGGGCGACUAAGAAGGAGAAGGAGGAGAAGAAGAGGAAGAAGGAAGAGAACUCUGCUUAUGACAACAAGGGUGGUUCGGGCCGUAAGGACGAUAAGAAGAAGGACGAUGUCGAAGUUGAAGGACAGGGCCUGCUUCUGUUCGAGGAUGAAGAGGUUACGGACGACGUGAAACCCCAGUUUGCUGGCCAUGUCGUGGCUGUUGUCGAGCGUAUGCCCGGCCAGCUGUUCUCAGGGACGUUAGGCCUCCUGAGACCCUCUUCUGCCGCGACGAAGGAAAGGCAGGAAGCAGAACGCCGUGAGAGAGAAGGCGACCGUGGUGACGAACCUAGGAGACCCAUUGAGCGGCCCAAGAUCGUCUGGUUUAAGCCUACUGACAAGCGUGUUCCUCUCAUUGCCAUCCCGACGGAGCAGGCUCCUGUUGACUUCGUCCAGAAUCCUGAUGCUUACGCCAAUAAGCUGUUCGUGGCCUGCAUCAAACGUCAUCCCAUUAGUUCCCUCCAUCCCUUCGGCACCCUCGUCGAAGAGCUUGGGCCUAUCGGGGACAUUGAAGUGGAGACUAGCGCUCUCUUGAAGGAUUGCAAUUUCCCCACGGAAGAGUUCGCUGAUAAUGUACUGAAAUGCAUUCCGCCCAUCCCCUGGACUGUCCCCGAGAGGGAGUUCGAAGUCCGCAAAGAUCUCCGUCAGGACCGGGUUUUCACCGUAGAUGCCAAGUCUACGAAGGAUUUGGACCACGCUAUAUCUGUAAAGGCGAACGAAGACGGUACAUACGAUGUCGGAGUUCACGUUGCAGAUGCCUCGUAUUUCGUGAAGCCCAAUACUGCUCUGGACCGGGAUGCUCGCAAACGCGCUACAAGUGUUUACCUCGUUCAGCGGGCUGUCCCCAUGCUGCCUCCUACCCUCAGCGAGGAGCUGUGCAGUCUUAAACUCGGACAGGAACGUCUGACGUUCUCGAUUAUCUUCACGAUGACCAAAGAUGCCAAGGUUCUUAACAAGUGGAUUGGCAAGACCAUUGUCAAAUCUGCGGCCAACCUGAACUACCCCGAAGCUCAGGACGCCAUUGAGGGCAAGCCCCUGGGGGAGGUCCCAGUCGCGCCAGAGCACUCCGCUCAAGCGCUAGAGCACGACAUCAAAGUUCUCAAUGAGCUAGCCCAGCAACUGCGCGCUAGGCGUUUCCAGAGUGGUGCUCUGUCUCUUGACGAGCCCGAGCUCUCGUUUGCUCUGGAUGACAAAGGCUUCCCUACCGACUGCGAUCAGGUCCAGCCUUCCGAGGCCCGCAAAUUGGUUGAUGAGUUUAUGAUCCUGAGCAAUAUCUCCAUUGCUCAACAGAUUGCAGUGCAGCUUCCAGAGCAAGCUCUAUUGCGCCGUCACGAUAGUCCGACCGAAAGGCGACUCAAAGCGUUCGUGGAACGGGCGGAGCGACUUGGCUACAAGAUGGACACUAGCUCAGCAGGAACACUUAUGCGGUCUCUCGAAGCUAUCAAUGAUCCAAUUGCUCGCAGAGCUAUCGAGAUACUCCUUCGGAAGGUGACGGCGACCGCCAAGUACUUCUGCGCUGGAAUGCUGGAUAUUGCGAAGUACCAUCAUUACUCUCUGAAUGUUCCUCUUUACACCCACUUCACCUCGCCCGUCCGCCGGUAUGCGGACAUUCUUGUUCAUCGUCAACUCGAGUCUGUGCUCCAAGGCAACGGAACUGACCCUAAGUUCGCCAUGGAUCGCGAUGCCGUCGCGAAGAUCGCUCAGCAGUGCAACAUCAAAAAGGAUUCCGCUUCGCUGGCGCAGGAGCAAUCCGCUCACCUUUUCCUGUGUGUUUUGAUCUCCGACCUGACGCACAGAUAUGGUCCUGUAGUUCGCCAAGCACGAGUUGUGGGUGUCUUGGAUGCCGCGUUCGACGUAUACGUUCCCGAGUUUGGGAUUGAGAAGCGGGUCCACGUCGAUCAGAUGCCCAUAGACAACCAUGUCUAUGACGAGCACACUCAUACUUUGCAGAUCUACUGGUCGAACAAGGAUGUCAUCACGUGGCUGGCAGAGAACAGUGACGACGAGCAUCUGAAGAAGGUCAAACAGAACGCAGAACAGCACGCCCAGAAGAUGGAAGUCUCGUCUCGUUCGUUCCAGGAUGAGAAGGCCCUGUUCGACGAAGACGACAACGACGAGGACCAGAUUGUCCUUGGACGUGAUGUUGAGCAAGAUGAUGUCGGCACUUCCAAGCAGAGGAAGUUGUCCAAGGCGAAGGUGGCCCCGGAAUUCGAGGGGCUUAAAACCACGUCUGCUGGGCACAAGAUCCAGGAGAUCAAGGAAUUGCAGACCGUCCCUGUUAUUGUCACUGCGGACCUUACGAAGAGUCCUCCGGUUAUCAAGGUUUACAGUGUAAACCCUUAUGCCAAAGAGCAGCAGGCCAGAUAAGCGGCUGGGAAAUUGACGACCCUCGGCAUGAACGAUCAUAACUGACAUCCGUUGGUACGACCCUUUUGUAUGAAUAUUGUUGUAGAAAUUGCGACUUCUCUUCUCUCAUUGACGAAUCGAAUUCUGGAGCGCUACUCUACGAUCGCCCACAAUGUCUUGUGUUUGCUAUAUGCUGUCCUUCCUCCUUUCCAAUUCGUUUCCGUAAUCUCGUAUCAUAGUCUCAUGUUGUGCUUGCUUUGAAAUGCUCCUGCUCGUUCGCAAGGAUGAGCAGAGCUGGCUGCAAUACAGGUUGUGCUUCGUCGGUUACGCAGCUGUGUUCAUUUGUGUGGAUGAUAGAAACGGUC